AUGGAAACAAUCAAAAUCCCAUCCCCCUCCACGAUUCUAGACUUCCCCGACCCCCUCCCGGUGUCCACGCGGGGAAAGCCUGUUUCGCCUCCCAAAGGGACCAAGCAGAUCGCCACAGCCUCCCACAAACCCAAGCAGACCAAAAGUCGCAAUGGUUGCAUCACCUGCAAGGCGAAGCGGCUCAAGUGCGACGAGACCAAACCGACUUGUCACCAGUGCCAUCGCCGAAAGGUUCCAUGUGGUGGGUACAAGAAGGAUUUCAAAUGGCGGCCCUUUGAGGAGACCAACUUGGCCGUCGGACGACCGACCGCCACAAAUGUCAAGAAAGUGAAUGCUCCUUCACAGCAGUCUGUAUCGAUCGCGAAUUCGGAAAACUUUCCCACGCCCCCGACGACCGAUCAAGCAGCCUCGCCCAUUGUUCCACAGUCCAUCUCUUUCAACAACUCUCCGCCGGAAUCCUCCUUGCAUAGCUCACCUCGAAGCAUCAAGAGCUUCUUGUCUGCAGAUACCCAUUCAGUAGAUGACUUUGGUGUCCUCCAGGAUGAAGAGUCCACGGGCGAGGAGAAUACCCCAAUUGGCGGUGUCUCGAUGCCGGCGGACUCUGAUCCUCUAGACUUUCUUUCUUUCCUUGAACCAUUUCAACAUUCGGUGCCUUUCUCGGACGACUUGACGUCUGAUCAUGAUCUGAGCCGCUCAGGUCCAAUAUAUUUUGGCCUUGAAGAGUUUGAGCCUGCCCCCGGCACCGGCAACGAUGAGCUUAGUUUCUCCCGGUUGCUGGAGGAUGACAGCGAGGAUAUCGAGGAGAUCAUUAGACAGUCUGAGCCUGGUGCAGGGCCUUGGAACAUGAACUUCUCCGGGCAAGACGAUAGCCCCUUUAAUCAAUCUCGGUUCCCCCGUCAGCCUUCCUUGGCGCCAGAAAGUCAAGAGAUGUUGACAAUGCGGUUCGACAAACUAACCUGCGGGAUUCUAUCUAUCAAAGAUGGCAUGAUGGAAAAUCCAUGGCGAACUCUCAUCUGGCCCCUCGCAAAGAGUACCCCCGCCUUACACCACGCCAUCCUCGCCUUAUCGGCCUUCCACGCCGCCAAGGAAAAUCCAUCCCUGCGCGUCCAAGGUGUCAAACACAUGCGCCAGAGCAUCGUCUGCCUGCGACAACAGAUCCAGAGCAUGCGAGCAGACACAGCACUGGCGACUAGUCUCGCCCUGGCAUUCGCUGAUACUUGGGAUCAGAACACGCGCACGUGCAUCCAGCAUCUGCGAGGCGCAAAGGCCUUGAUGCUGCAGGUGCUUAAUGCAGGUCUUCAGGGUGGUCUUCAGCCAGAGGAGCUGGAUCGUAUCCGAUUCCUGUAUAAUACAUGGACAUAUAUGGAUGUUAUUGCGCGGCUGACGUCGCUGGAUGAGUCUGGGCCGCAGGAUUUGAAUCCUUCUAUUUUCCAAUUGCCCACCGAUGCGGUGCACGAGAUUGACCCGUUGAUGGGAUGUGCUGCUACGCUUUUCCCGCUCAUUGGCAAGGUUGGAAGGCUUGUUCAGCGCGUUCGGAAGACCUCCACCAAUUCGGUGUCGAUUGUCUCCCAGGCCAUGGAGCUGAAGGCUCUGGUGGAGCAGUGGGAGCCUCCGCGUUGGUUUGAACCGCCUGAGGAUCCUACAUCGGAGGUUCAACACAGCAUCCAGAUGGCGCAUGCAUAUCGCUGGGCAACCUUGCUGUACCUGCAUCAAGCAGUUCCAGAGUUGCCGUCUGAGCCGGCCGAGGAACUAGCCAAGCGUGUUCUGAUCUUGUUGGCCACAGUGCCACCCACCUCGCGCACUACUAUCAUCCAGAUGUUCCCUCUUCUAGCUGCCGGGGCUGAAGUAGACUCGGAUGAUGAUCGCAAGUGGGUGCUGGAAAGGUGGGAGGUUGUCCAGUCACGCUUGAUGAUCGGCGGCGUCGAUCGCUGUCUGGAUGUUAUUCGGGAAGUCUGGGCUCGACGGGACAAACUCAAGGCCGAGCAACGUGAGCAGGAGCAGCAGGAGAUGUUUGCAUCUCGGCGAGCUGGCUCGUUCUCCAGUGAGAGCAAAGGAAAGCUCACUUCUUCAAUUCGAGGAACGACCAAUACUGGCAGAGGUUUUCAGCGCGCCAACUCGAGUGAUCAGUCUGACAGAUCGAUGCGGAGACCGUCGGUCUCUAGUACAAGCAAGACUGGUCAGUCAAGGAGGGGGUCUGCUCUCUCAUCGCUGGAGAAUAUUGAGUUUGCGAGGACUAUUCGCAGCAGGCUGCAUUGGGUCAAUAUUAUGGGCGAAUGGGGAUGGGAAGUCUUCCUCGGCUGA